AUGGCGCUGGUGCUCGGCGCGCUGCGCGUCCUGCUGGGCGGCUUCUUCGCGCUCGCGGGGGCGGCCAAGCUCUCGCCCAUCUCGGCUCCCGCGUCCGAGCAGAUGAAAGCCCUGUUCGUGCAGUUUGCUGAGGUGUUCCCGUUGAAGUUGUUCGGCUACCAGCCAGAUCCCAUGAACUACCAAACGGCUGUGGGCUGGCUGGAACUGCUGGCUGGGCUGCUGCUGCUGGUGGGCCCGCCAAUGCUGCAAGAGAUGAGUAACUUGCUCUUGACCCUGCUCAUGAUGGGGGCCAUCUUCACCUUGGCCGCUCUGAAAGAGUCACUGAGCACGUGCAUCCCUGCCAUUGUCUGUCUGGGGCUCCUGCUGCUGCUGAAUGUUGGCCAGCUCUUAGGCCAAACUAAGAAGGUGGUCAGAAGCUCUAGGAAGAAGAUUCCGGGUACAUUCAAGGAAUCCUGGGAGUAGAGAGUCUUCAUGCCAUGCAGUUAUCACUGUGGAAACUUCUGGAACUUCUACCACCUUGUUACUAAUAUGUCCAGGAGCCUUCAGUGUUGAAAACCACCUUGUCUACAUGGCCCCAAUUUCUCCCUGUAACUAUGUUGCUCUGUUUAGAGCAGUGCGUAUAACACACAGCCUAACAUUCCUCCUGUCAUAUGAAAGUAGAAAACAGAGCACCCCAACUCUAGUACUCUAAAACAAUCAUUUUUAAUAGUUUGAUGUAACUACCUCUUGACUUUGUCUAUGCUUUUAUACAGAUACUUAUUUUCUUAAUGAGAAUGAAACCAUAGAGUCUACUUGAUUACCUACUUUUAAAACCUAAUAUUCUAUAACAUUCCAUGUCUGUUUCACCUCAUCAUUGUUAAUGGCGCCACAGUACUCCAUUGUAAGAAAAACUAUACUUUUCUCUGCUCCCCACAGGAACAUUUGGAUUGCUCCUUUUUAUAUAUUUAUUUAUUUUUGUAAUUGUAAAUCACCUUUUCACACUUAUUUCCUUUCCCAAGAAGUAAGGGUGCUGUUUCAAAAAAGAAAAAAAGAAAAAGCACUUUUCUAAGGUUGUUAAUACAUAAUUAAAAAUUUUAUAAGUUGA